AGCCUCCCAGCAAGCUUCUCUUCACUUCUCACCAAUCGACCUUUGCCCAACAAGCCUUCUUGUCUUUAACAGUUUCUAAACCGCAAACAUGCACUGCAACCUCUCUCUCGGUGUCGUGGCUGCUCUCCUCGCUGGAGCCAACGCCCACGGUCACGUCGCAAAGGUCAUUGCCGGUGGCAAGGAGUACACCGGCGGUAUUCCCCACGGUGCUCCCUCUGACGCUGUCGGCUGGGCCGCUGGCAACCAGGACAACGGCUUCGUUUCACCCGAUGCCUUCAAGUCCGCCGAUAUCAUCUGCCACAAGAGCGCUAAGCCCGUCUCCAACGCCGUCGUUGUUGCCGCUGGUGAUGUUGUCACUCUGAAGUGGGACACCUGGCCCGAGUCUCACCACGGCCCCGUCACUGAGUACCUCGCUCCCGUCAGCGGUGACUUUGCCAGCAUCAACAAGCAGAGCCUCCGAUGGGUCAAGGUCGCUCAGAAGGGUCUCAAGUCUGGCAGCAACCCUGGUGACUGGGCCUCCGACGAUCUCAUCCGCGAUGGCUUCUCAUGGAAGUUCACCGUCCCCAAGAACCUCAAGGCCGGUAAAUACGUUCUCCGACACGAGAUCAUCGGUCUUCACUCUGCUGGCCAGGCCAACGGUGCUCAGGCCUACCCCCAGUGCAUCAACCUCGAGGUUACUGGCAGUGGCGGCCAGGCUAUCAGCGGUGGUGGCGACUUCACUACCUUCUACACUCCCACCGACCCUGGUAUCCUCUUCAACCUCUACCAGUCUUUCUCUUCCUACCCCAUUCCCGGCCCUGCUGUGCGAACUAUCUAAGACGAUUCCGAGGUGGUGCAGACAAGUGGUUUCUAGUCCCAGGUCGAGCUUGGGACCAAAGAGCUGGGCAAAGGGCAUGCCUUAGGCUCUGAUAUUCAUUGGUUGCCGCUAGUCGGUUCACGUUUUCACAAGCAGCAGAGCUGUGUUGUUCAUGUAUCUACAUUUAUGACCCGUACAAAGUUACCUUAUGCAAUGAACAUAUUGAAUUCAAGCAAGAAAGCCUCCCC